AUGUUCUUUGAGCCAGUGAACAAGUUCUCUUUCGUUAUUUUCCUUCCAUUUGAUAUUGACACGAACACGAUCCAAAAGUUCUGUCUUCUGGUUUUCACUUCCCACGGUCAUGUUCAAGCUGAGGAACAAUUUCAACUGAAACAUCCAGCCUUCAUCUCUGACGAUCUCAAACUACCUUCCAGCCACCAAUGCAAAACUCAACUUUGCUACACCACCUCAACAACAAGAAUAAUCUACACAGUGGCACCUCAAGGGUCUCUGAUCCCACCAGCUCUAUUCAAUGCUUACAUCAUAAAUAUACCUGUUCUUUCACACAAAACUAAUGUAAACAACUACGCAAUGUGA